UGGAUGUAGUAAAUCAUUUAUGAAGCAAAGAGAAUAUAAAGUACAGAAAGCAACCAAUUUUUGCAGCUGUACUGUGCAACAUUUCCCCACAGAAUACACACCAUGACUAUGACAACAUUCCACCUGGUUAUGUGUGCUGUGUUACUGAAAGGGAUCCUGGGACUACCGUUUGCUUCUGAAGAAGAAGCCAAUCAGUUUUUAGGACUAAAGAGACAAACACCUUAUCUGGACUAUUGGCAACUAACUAGCAGCCAGAAUACCUUGGCUGAACAGGUUAGUGAAACCUGGACUGCACUGAAGAGAUCAGCACAGCAUUACAUGGAUUUGCGAUUGUUUACAUUUGAUACUGACUACAGCCAGGAACCACAUUAGCUCUUAUAUGGAUAUGUUACACCAAUCUGAAGCAGGUCUUCAGCGGCAAAGAAGGCAACAUCAUAUACAGAGACUUCCAACAGAAACUGAACCUUGUCCAGACACUUCUUAUAUCUGUUGAGCACUUCCUGGAAUAUUAGUACCGCAGGCAAAGAGUGUUAUCUAAUAGACAUCCAGCAUCCAUUAGCCUCCACAGAAAUAUAUCUAUCCUGCCUCAAAUAAUAACAAAGACACAAGAUGCUGGAAAGUUGUCCAAGCCCUUCUAGAAGUGAUAGGACCUUCCCCAAGAGAACAAAGCUUCUCUAGCACUUUUGUUUCUUCAUGGUACAACCCUGUAUUCUGUAUCCCAAGGUUGCACAAAUUACAAGAUUCAUUUAGCCUUCGACUGCUUCCUGUGCUGUUCCCAAAAGUGGAGAGACUUUGCACCCUUUUUUCCCCCUGAAGACCAGUUGUUUGUGGCUUCCCAAGUCCCUGCAUUCUGGUUAACAGUGAAAGUAGAAACUUGAUCCCCUUCCCUAAUUAUAAUCAAUAGAGAAAGAUAUUAAUAUUUGUAGAUUGGGUCCCCAAGUACAGCCAUACUACAGAGUCUUGACCGUUGAGAAACAACCUUGAGCAGGGGAACUGAGAAAGAUACAGUUAAAGCUGCAGGACUGUUGAAGACUGCAGUUCUCAGUAUGAGAUGUAUCCCUUUUAAUACAUUUUAUGUACAAAGGCUGACUAAAGAGAAAUAAAUGCUCUAUUGUUGAUUGUUAUAAUAUAUACUAAAUGAAGUCAUGGGAAUCCCAAUAAUGUACAUGCAAAUUUCUAGUCAUCUAUAAUGUCUCCUUGCUAACUUAUAAAUGUUGGAAACCUAUCAGUAAAGUUGCUCUUUCUCUGCUC